AGUGAAGCUUGGUUGAUUUAAGGCAGAUUGAGAGGCAGCAGGAGAGACCCAAAAAGGGAUCACCCUUGGGUCAGACAGGUGGAGAAUGAACGGAGAAGCCGAUUCUACAGACUUGGAAAUGACAGCUCCAAGAAUCAAGGACCGUUGGUCCCAGGAGGACAUGCUGACCCUGCUGGAGAGCAUGAAAGGCAACCUGCCCUCCAACGAUGGCAGCAAAUUCAAAACCACCGAGUCCCAUCUGGAUUGGGACAAAGUGGCCUUCAAGGACUUCUCUGGCGAGAUGUGCAAGAUGAAGUGGAUGGAGAUCUCCACCGAGGUGAGGAAAUUCCGAACGCUGAGACUGAUCAUGGAUGCUGAGGAACACGUAAAGAAUCCUUACAAGGGCAAAAAACACCCCGAUUUCCCCAAGAAGCCCCUGACACCCUACUUCCGCUUCUUCAUGGAGAAGCGAGCCAAAUACGCCAAGCUGCACCCUGAAAUGAGUAACCUGGAUCUGACCAAAAUCCUGUCCAAGAAAUACAGGAGCUCCCUGAAAAGAAAAGGUACUGAAAUGAAAUACAUCCAGGACUUCCAGCGGGAGAAGCAGGAGUUUGAGCGGAACCGGCAAGAUUCAGGGAAGACACACCCAGAUCUUAUUCAGAACGCCAAGAAGUCGGACGUCCCUGAGAAACCCAAGACCCCCCAGCAGCUGUGGUACAAUCGGAAGAAAAUCUACCUGAAAGUGCGCCCGGAUGCCACCACGAAGGAGGUGAAGGACGCGCUGGGCAAGCAGUGGUCUCAACUCUCCGACAAAAAGAGGCUGAAAUGGAUUCAUAAGGCCCUGGAACAGCGAAAGGAGUACGAGGAGAUCAUGCGGGAUUACAUCCAGAAGCACCCAGAGAUGAACCUCGAGGAGGGUGUCACGCGCUCCACCCUCACCAAGGCAGAACGCCAGCUCAAGGACAAGUUUGAUGGGCGACCCACCAAGCCGCCUCCGAACAGCUACUCUCUGUACUGUGCGGAGCUGAUGGCCAACAUGAAGGACGUCCCCAGCACGGAGCGGAUGGUGCUGUGCAGUCAGCAGUGGAAGCUGCUUUCCCAGAAGGAGAAACCGUACCACAAAAAGUGUGAUCAGAGAAAGAAAGAUUACGAAAUCGAACUCCUUCGCUUCCUGGGGUGGAGCCUGCCCGAGGAGGAACAGCAGAGGGUGCUGGGGGAAGAGAAGAUGCUGGGAGCGAACAAGAAAGGUGCCACCAGCCCAGCUUAAAAGUCAUCACCAGACACUGGCAAGGCAGGUUCUGAGAAACCCAAACGGCCCAUUUCUGCUAUGUUUAUCUUCUCGGAGGAGAAGCGAAAGCAGCUGCAGGAAGAGCGACCCGAGCUUUCCGAGAGCGAACUGACCCGGCUGCUGGCGCGGAUGUGGAACGACCUUUCAGAGAAGAAAAAGGCCAAGUACAAAGCCCGGGAGGCAGCCAUGAAGGCGCAGUCGGAGAAGAAACACGGCUCGGACAAGGAGGAGCGCGCCAAGCUGCCCGAGUCGCCCAAGACGUCCGAAGAGAUCUGGCAGCAGAGCGUCAUCGGAGACUACCUGGCUCGCUUCAAGAACGACCGGGGGAAGGCGCUGAAGGCCAUGGAGGCCACUUGGAACAACAUGGAGAAGAAGGAGAAGCUGAUGUGGAUAAAGAAGGCGGCGGAGGAUCAGAAGCGAUUCGAGAGAGAGCUGAGUGAGAUGCGGGCCCCCCCGUGCUCUACAAACUCCUCAAAGAAGAUGAAAUUCCAGGGAGAGCCGAAGAAACCCCCCAUGAACGGUUACCAGAAGUUCUCCCAGGAGCUGCUGUCAAACGGCGAGCUCAACCACCUGCCGCUGAAGGAGCGGAUGGUGGAAAUCGGCAGCCGCUGGCAGCGCAUCUCCCAGGGCCAGAAGGACUAUUACAAGAAGAUGGCCGAAGAGCAGCAGAAGCAGUACAAGAUGCACCUGGAAAUCUGGCUCAAGAGCCUGUCGCCGCAGGAGCGAGCUGCCUACAAAGAACACACCUCAAAUAAGCGCAAGAGCAUGGGGAAGGUCCGGGGGCCGAACCCCAAAAUGAAGCCCGCCAUGCAGAUCAAGUCGGAGUCCGAGGAGGAGGACGACGACGAUGAUGAGGAGGAGGAAGAGGAUGACGAUGACGACGACGACGACGACGACAACGGGGACUCGUCCGAGGAAGGUGGGGACUCGUCAGAGUCGAGCAGCGAGGAGGAGAGCGAGGAUGGGGAUGAGAACGAGGACGAUGACGAAGAAGACGACGACGAAGAGGAAGAUGACAAUGACUCCGAGGGCAGCAGCAGCUCUUCCUCUUCCUCAGGCGAUUCUUCUGACUCAGACUCCAACUGAAAACGCCCACGGCGCCACCUUCUUGCCGGACUUUCAGUAAUUCCCUUCCCCCCCCCCCGACCAGUAAUAUCCUGGCUGGAGAUCUGGGUUGAUGGUUACAGGGAGGGGGAUGGGAAAAUCACUGUGGCUAAUUUUUUUCCCCCCUCCCUCUUAAAGAAUUUCACACUAAUGGGGUGCGGGGGGCAGCUGAUAAAAGGCUUUGUUUGGGGGAGGAAGAAGGGGAUAUUCUGUGUUGUUUUUCCCCGUAGAGUUUGCAUUCAAUCCUUUAUUUUAUUUUUGUUUUUUGGGAGGGAGGGGGAUUUUUACACCUCAGAGCCCCCGCAGCUGCCCCCCCCGCCUUCCCCUUCAACUUCCAGCUACCCCUCUGGACUUUAUACAAAACCCCCACAAAAAUCCUUUUUAAAACAGCGACAAAAAUGUGGCAAGAGGCGCAGAGUGUUGUUCCGGUGGCGCGCGAGCCGAGUGGCUCAGGACUCAGCCAUCGGGACGAUCUCCCGCUUUGCCUCUCCAGCUGGAGGAGGGGACGGUCUUGUACAGUCUGAAGCUGCACCCAGAGCUCCUGGAGAGCAAAGUCCCACUGCACUUAAGAGCUCCUGGAAUGAACUUACCAGCGGCAUUUCCCUCUGGGGACAGGGGAGAAUUUUUGUGUGUGUGUUUGGGGCGGGGUGGGGUGGGGGGGUUUAAAAAGACGUUGCCCAGUUUCGGGGGUGGGAAGGGCUGGCACUGGGUGGGGGAGUUAGGGGCUGUUACGGAGCAUACCACUGGUUGCUGAUCAUUGCAUCACCCGAAGAAAACAUGGUUGAUUCAUCGUAUUCAACCAGGAUUUGGGCAAAGGCGGUGGCAGGCGGAUCCCAGAUUUGAUUUUUUUUUUUUUUUUUUAAACAAUGAAAUGACCAAUUGUUGUACUGGAACGGGGCAUUUGUCGACUGGGAUGGGGGGGAUGGGAGGGUUCGGCUGCGAGGAGAGAUCAUCUGUGUCAUCGGUGGUUGUCGUGCUGUUGUAUUAUAUUUUUGUUUUCUUUUAUAAAGCGAGAAAGAUCCAUCUUUUUAUAAUCAAAAUCUCUGUCUCUGGCUAGCCACCCGGCUUGGCAUCGCGCCCCUCCCGCCCCGCUGCCCACAGCAAACAUGAGAGGUGCCAACGUCAGGUCGGUGUGCAGAUUGUUUGGGGGGGGGCAUCUGGAAUAGGGGCAGGAUGGUGCUUGCCAAAGGAACUCAGCUGUGUCAUCGCAUGCUGGAUGCUGGCUGGUUGGGAUAGAGGUGGGGCCACGCCCGCCAGUCUCACAACUCCGGGGCCCAUCUGUGCAAUCUGUUCAGCUGCAGUGUUGCUACCAGCUCCGAUGAUAUUGCUCAGAUUUUUAUUUUUGUUUUGUUUAAAGGAAAAUUGGGGAAACUUGAUC